GUAGGCUGUGGCCACCAUCACAUCAGUGACUUGCCUUACACUGACGGUGCAUGACGGCUGUAAACAAACUCCGGAGAAACGGUUGAGCACAAUAUUAUCUGAAGGAGGUCAACAGGUCGACGUACAAAUGGUGUGGGGUAAAGCCUUGGCUCAGUGCGGGUUGGUUCUGCUGAGUCUGUGGCUGUGUAUCCAGUCAGUGCCUAUAACUAACCGGACCAAAGAAAAGCUCGACGAGGAAGAGGAGCCGUCGCAGAAUGCUGGUAUUAGACUUCACUACCAACGCUACCUGCAAGAAGUCUUGGAGUACCUCGAGGAAGACCCCCACUUCAGAGAAAAGCUCAAAACUGUCAACAUGGACGAACUCAUGGAAGGUAAAUUUUCCAAAGGGCUGGACUUUGUCCAUCACAGUGUGCGCACCAAACUGGAUGAGUUGAAGAGGGAGGAGAUGAACAGGCUGCGGAUGCUGGUGAGGGCCAAAAUUGCAGCUGAAACGGACAAAGGUGGGACAGUGGACCAUCGGGUCCUUCUGAAAUACUCUGAGUACCUCAACCACAUGAAUCCAGAAAAGUUUGAAGCGGAGGACCUGGAUCGCCUCUUACAAACGACAUUGAAAAACCUUGAGGACUUUGACAAAGAGCACCACGAGGAGUUCAAGAGAUAUGAGAUGAUGAAGGAGCACGAGAGGAGAGAACGCCUGAAGAACAUGAACGAGGAGGACCGCAAGAAGGCAGAGCAGGAUCAUGAGGAGAUGAAGAAGAAACGUGCAGAACAUCCCAAAGUUAAUCAUCCUGGCAGUGAAGACCAGCUGAAGGAGGUGUGGGAAAAUGAGGACGGUUUGGACCCACAAGACUUUAAUCCCAAGACUUUCUUCAAAUUACAUGACACUAAUGAAGACGGUUUUCUCGAUGGGAAUGAGAUUGAAGCUUUUUUCACGAAAGAGCUAGAGAAGGUGUACUCUACUAAAGAUCGAGAUGCUCCUAUGGCUGAGAUGGAGGAGGAGAGACUUCUAAUGAGAGAG